CACCCUUUGCCCAAAACACAACAAACGUCAAAGGACAGACCUGUCGUCUUGCAGGCAAAAACCUUUCAAAAGUUUUCUGAUGAACGUGAAAGUGUCCUCCAGUGCUGUGGAAAAUCUCUAAUUUACACCUGUAAAUCCAAAGCCAAAAUGUCGAACAACGCAGCCCAUCGGCAUCGGUACAAGAAUGUCGGCCUAGACUCGACAGAAAUGCGCCGGCGCCGCGAAGAGGAGGGCAUCCAGCUGCGCAAGCAGAAGCGCGAACAGCAACUGAUCAAACGGAGAAACGUCAACGUUGCCGAGGAACUGGACCAGGACGCUAUCCUGGCGGACGAACCUCAAACGGCCGAUGCACACCCGCUGAUCAAACCGGAAACGAUCCAGGCCCUGUACAGCACCAACGUGGAAGACCAGCUGGCCGCGACGCAGAAAUUCCGAAAGUUACUCUCAAAGGAGCCGAAUCCACCGAUCGAUCUGGUCAUUCAGCACAACAUUGUGCCACGGUUUGUGGAAUUCUUGGCUAACACUACCAACUCGACACUGCAGUUUGAAGCAGCCUGGGCUUUGACCAAUAUCGCUUCCGGUACAUCAGAGCAAACGAGCGUAGUGAUAGGGGCCGGUGCCGUUCCGAUCUUCAUCAAGCUAUUGGAAAGCCCGCACAUCGAUGUACAGGAGCAGGCCGUCUGGGCGCUGGGCAAUAUUGCCGGUGAUUCUCCGGAGUGCAGAAACUUCGUACUGGACGCUGGCGUGCUAGAACCAUUGCUACAUGUUCUAAGUACUUCGACGCGAUUGAAUUUGACUCGGAAUGCUGUUUGGGCUUUGUCGAACUUAUGCCGCGGAAAGAACCCACCGCCAGAUUUCUCAAAAGUAGAGAAAGGGUUACCCAUUUUAGCCCGGUUGAUGUUCCACAACGAUGUAGAAGUGCUAGGCGAUGCCGUUUGGGCUGUGAGCUAUCUAUCAGAUGGACCGAACGAUAACAUUCAGGCAGUCAUCGAGGCCGGCUGCUGUCGAAGGCUGGUCGAACUGCUAUUACACAACAACAACAACGUCGUUUCGGCGGCUCUGCGGGCAGUUGGCAACAUCGUCACCGGCAACGACAACCAGACACAGCUAAUUCUCAACUGCAAUGCCUUACCGUGUAUCCUGCAGCUGCUCAGUUCGCCAAAAGAAACGAUCCGGAAGGAGGCCUGCUGGACCAUCUCGAAUAUUGCCGCCGGCAAUCGGCAGCAAAUCCAGGCCGUCAUCGAUGCGAACAUCUUCCCGGGCAUUAUCGAUCUGCUGUCGAAGGCGGACUUCAAGACGCGGAAAGAGGCGGCCUGGGCAAUCACAAACGCCACCAGCGGUGGCACCGUGGAUCAGAUCAAGUACUUGGUGCAAGCCGGUUGCGUACCUCCCAUGUGCGAACUGCUCACCGUGAUGGACCCGAAGAUCGUGACGGUGGCUCUGAACGGCUUAGAAAACAUCCUCAAGGCAGGCAACCAACACAAGGUCAAACCAAAUCCCUACGCCGUUCUGAUUGAGGAAUGCUACGGUCUAGACAAAAUCGAAUUCCUGCAGUCGCAUCAAAACACCGAGAUCUACGAGAAAACCUUCAACAUAAUCCGGACGUACUUCAGCAAUGACGAGGAGGACGUGGCCGUUGCGCCAUCUACUGAGAACAACCAGUUCCAAUUCAACGCCGAUCAAUCUGUGCCAAUGGACGGCUUCCAAUUCUAGAGUGAAGCAUCCAUCCGCUAUAGCUUUACCGUUCUGGGUAUGCAAAAUCAACAUGUUUCCAUUUUUACUACCUAUUCUUUGGCGUACAGGCGGCUCUCGUUUCAUGCAAACCGAGAAUCGUCACAUUAGGAGAUGUAGAUACAGAGAAGGAUGGCGACGUUUUUUUCAAACUACGUAAUCACCGACCCUUGCAGGGUUGAAAUAUUCUACCGCGACGCAACCAGAAUAUUGUGUGUGUGUGUAUAGAUCUGUUGUAGGAGAUGAUCACCGCGGACUCUACUUUCACGACAUUUUAUUAUGAACUACCAAAUGACACGAAGCAGGACUUUACAAGGAGACUUCAGACUUUGGAAUGGUAAUCCUAGACGAAUGAGAUGGCCCAAGAAUUAUGUAGAACUCAAACAUACACCGAGCCCUGUAGCAGCUCUAAACCCAUUUACAAUACAUACACCCAAACAUAAAACAGAAUGAUGGCCUUUCGAUUGACCACCUGUUUGUGGCUGCUUUCCCCGAAGGGGCCAGCAGAGUAAAUUACACGAAGUUGAGGAAAUCUUAUCUUAUAAAACCGUAGCAGCAAAACAUAACUCUUAUAUUUGGAACAAAAGAAGAAAAAAAACACACAAUUUUUCCGUACCCUCCCUCGUGCGCGUUUGUGUGGAUUGGAUUUAUGAAAAACAAACCGAUCUUUGUGUGGAGAAAAAACAGGGAGGAAAACUACCGGCAGGAUAGAAACCAACCACACAGCAGAACAAAACAAAAUCAGUAAAUAAUAACGAUAUGAUAUUUGACUAACAAAACAAAAAAAAAGGAAGAAAGAAAUUGUGAUUAGUGUUUAAUAGAGAGGUAUGAUUUGAGAAAGGAAAAAAAUAAACAAUGGAAAACAUGGACAAGUAACAGAACGUAACCCAAAGUGCGA